UUAUGUAGAUGAUUAUAAUAUACAACUUAUAAAAUGGUGAAUACAGAAUCUACUGUGGAGCUUAAAUCUUUCAAAACUCAUUUCUGGAACAGUGAAGUUGGUAACUACAGUGGAUUCUCUGAGCUAGUAAAGCACUGUAACCAGGGAAGGAUUCUUAGUAAGGAGUAUAUAGAGUUUCUCAGACAAAGGUCGCAGAUAGAAGACCAGUAUGGGAAAGCACUUCAGAAACUUGCGAAAACUUCAUGCGGUGGUGAGGAGCUUGUUGGAGGGAGGAAACUAUGGGAAAGUUUAAAAAAUCACACUGAGACUGUAGGAUUAGCUCACUCACAGGCAAGCCUGCAGCUGGAGAACGAGCUGGUUAACCUGGCAGAAUAUCUAGAGGAGGGAAUGGAGAAGAAAAGAUGGUCGGAGGAAAAUGUUCGAUCAUUGCAAGCUCAAUUGAAGACAGCGUAUAAGCGGCAACAUGAACUUAGAAAAGUUUACGAGGCAAGGUGCAGGGAGGAGGUACAGACUAGCCACGCCUAUCAUCAGGAAGUAGCCCGAGGAGGUCUGGAGAGUGGAGCUGCUGAAAAAGCAGCGGCACGUCACAGUAAGGUUAGGAGCAGCAUGGAAUCAGCGGAAACAGCUUACAGGGGUUCUGUAGAUUAUGUAGAAGAGGUUCGUGAGCAAUGGGAAAAAGAAACAGAACUAGCCGCUGAUAUUUUGCAGGAUUUGGAGCAAAGACGACUUUCCGUUCUUCGGGAUUCUGUUUGGAAACUAAGCAACAUUCUUUCUGCAACAUGUGUAGCAGACGAUGAGGUGUAUGAAGAAACAAGGGUUGUCCUGGAACAAUUGGAUUUAAAAGAAUGUAUUCAACUCUUUAUUAAUCAACAUCAGACAGGGACUAGUAAACCAGGUUGCUUGCAGCCUGAAACUUUGCCUAAUUCAUCUACUAUAGGAAUGGGGCACGCCAGGUACUGCACUUAAUGUUUUUUAUAUAGA